AUGGAGCCGUCUUUGGUUCCAUCCUUGGUGGCGCAAUCAAUAAAUUACCAUGGUCAACAGUUACAAAAAUCUUGGGAAAAUGAGCGAGGCGAAGACGAUUUGGCCAAGAUUGGCGUUGGAAAUUUGGACUUCGCAGUUUUUCAGUCCCGGCAUAAACAACUCACGUUUCAAGACAGGGCAAAACGGUUGAAACUUCAUCAGUUUAUUGCUAAAGAAGCAAAUGCCCUCUUUGAUGCUUCUUUAUUGGAAGAAGCACCAUCGUCUUCUAACAUAGGGUUAGAAGCUACGACACCUGAAGAUAAUUUGUAUGCCUUAAUGCCACCGUUUGAAACAUUCCUGAAAGUUGAUAAGUCUGCAAGGCUGAGACAUUUUUUUGAUAAUGUGAAAACAGGAGAACUCAUAAUUGGUGCAGUAAUCAACAGAACAGCGUCUGGCAUGAUGCUGAAAGUGCUCUGCACUGCAGGCCCAACAUCAAGAUAUGUGGCUGAUAUCAAUGUAAAGGCAUUUUUACCAGUAUCCAAUAUUAUACCAGCUGUUGACAAGAAAAAUGUCUCAAGAAGCUACUUAAUGAAUGACACUGUCUGCUGUGAAGUGAUUGAAGUUAUUCCCGACACGGACAAAAUGGUCUGCGGCAUGAAGGGAGUUACUCGGGGCCCGGAUGAUCCACCACCAAAGCCUCCACUUGGCCUUCUCAGCACGGAUGACUUCCCAUUGAUCUACAAGAAAACCAUGGAAAUGAAGGGCGAAAGGUAUGAAGCAAUUUUAGAGAAGAGUCCCGGCUUCAAUAACCCUAACUGCGUACAGUAUCUGUCCAAUCUCCUGGGUAUCUCCAACAUGCAUUGCACUAACUUCAUGUCACUAAGAGGAGGCUUCCCAUCUACGGAAUUAGCGGAUGAAUUACGACAAGCACAAGCAAGUAAAUGGGCGUUCCGCUCAGUCGCAGAAGGUAUAGAACAUUUUAAAGCUGGACGUCACUCUGAAGCAUUCCAAUGCCUUAACAAAGCCUUAAGUAUCGAUCCGAGAAACGUUGAAGGAUUAGUAGCGAGAGGAGCCCUGUACGCUAACAGUGGAACAUUCAAGAAGGCCAUUGAGGACUUUGAAACCUCAUUAAAGUUGAAUCCGAAUCACGCAAACGCUAGAAAAUAUUUAGGAGAGACAUUAGUUGCUCUAGGAAGAAGCUAUGAAGACGAAAAUAAAAUCGCAGAAGCGCAGAAGGCUUACGAAGAUUGUUUAGCCAUCAUACCAUUCCACGAGGAAGCUCAGAACUCACUAGAUUUCUUGAAGAGCAAGACGUCCACAUCUAAGCCACUAAUAGAACCCACAGAACUGCUUCUACCUGGCCUAACAGGUGCAAAGUCGUUUGAAAUGAAAGAGACGUUGAAACAGUUGUUGAAUCUCACUGAGAAGAAGGAUAAGAAGAAGAAGAAGAAACGCGGUAAAGGAAAAAAGAAGCGAUCGAGUAGUUCAUCUUCGUCGUCGAGUGAUUCUAGCAGUUCUAGUGAUUCGUCGGAGUCGUCGUCGUCAUCCUCUGAUUCAAGUGAUUCCGAAGGUCCUAACCGCAAGAAGAAGCGUCGUUCUCAUUCCAACAACAAACGGCAACGUUCCUUAUCACCGCUAAGCAAGCGUAUGGCAAUGAUUGGUGAUGGGGACUCGGCGUCAAGGACCCACAAUUCGCAAUUUAACCAUCCCUAUGGGUAUCAGCAACCACCACCACCCACUGAAGAACCUCCACCGAUGAGAUCGCAAGCAGAUAUCGACCAUGAAUUAAAGGUGCGCAAAUUCUUAGAAAUGACCAAAGAAGACUCCGACUACGAGGAGAAAGUACGCAACUUCUUGGAGGAAGCAGCUCAAUAUAAGCGCAAUCGUAAGAUGCAAGAACUAGGCCAGCAGCCGCAGCCGUCUGCUGAUCAUGACAAGAAGAAGAAGAAAAAGAAGGACAAGAAAAAGAAGAAGGAGUCCAAGCGAAAACGGAAAGAACAAGAGAGAGAAGAAAAAAGGAAGUCGAAAUUGGCUCGUAUGGCCAGCAACUCUGAGUACAGUCUCCGCGACUUGGAGACAAUUGGCGACAAAAAGCUUAGAGAUGCUAUAAGGAAGGAAUUAAAAGGAAAAUCCAAACGCGAUUUAAGCUCAGAUGGGGAAUAUGACAGAAAACAUGAUAAGAGCCGUAUGUUGGAUGAUAUGCAUGGCUUAGAAGAAUUGGAGUGUAAGCUGAAUGCGUACCACUCUAUGGUGGAGAAGGAAGUGCUGGGCAAGCGGGACCGCUCAUCAAUCAGCCCGAUAGAUCAAGCUCCACCUCCCCCCCUUGAGAAACCAAAGUGGAAGAUGACUAUGGGUGCUGUUAAAGAACCUACUAAGAAGAAGGAAACUCCCACGCAGAAAGGGUAUAAAGAACGCUAUGCUUUUGAAGACAGCUCAGACGAUUCCCAAGAUCAAUCAAAGGCCUCUCCCGGUGAAAAGAGUGUGUCUGUACGGCGGGCAAUGGCUAUGAAGGAGCCACCGCCGCUGCCGAACGCACCACCACCGAAGAGCCGCGAACCAGACCCGCCAGGUGUUGACAUUCCACAUGUGUCCCACCAUCCACAUCACCCGCCGCCUGUUCGCAAAGGUCAAGUUGUGCUCGACAAGUUUGGUUCGUUCCGCCUCGCGAAAGAAGGAGAAACCCCGGUGUCUGUUGGGGAACAGCGCCCAGAGCAAUUCGUGACGAGGAUCAAACCGCCUUCACCGACAUCAAGGAGGCCGCGAUCGCCCCCCUCCCCGCACAGACGAAGUGUAUCCCGCUCUUCGGAUCGAUCUAAACGAUCACGAAGCAGAUCGCGCCCGCGCAAGUACCGGUCCCGCUCCGGGUCGCGUUCAAGAUCCGGGUCAACUGGAAGCGGAUCGAUGGGCUCCCGUCGUCGUCGAUCAGGCUCGCCCAGAUCUCGUUCCCGCUCUGAUGCAAGUCGGUCAUACUAUUCGCGUAGCCGUUCCCGUUCACGAUCCGUUUCGAGGGACAGGAUGAACCGUCGCUUCAACCGCCGUGGAAAUUGGCGCGGUCGCGGGGGUUACGAACGUGGUACGUACUACCGGCCACGUUUUAACGCGUACAAUGGCGGUGGACGUGGUCGAGGUCGUGGAGAUUUUCGUCGUGAUGACGGACGCCGUUUCAAUCCUGAGUGGCGGGACAACCGCUCCAGAGGUGGUCGGCCCUUCAGACCACGUAGAGGUGGUGGUGGCCGCGGUAGACCGUUCAGAGGUGGUUUCCGCGACUUCCGUGAUAGACGCGGAGGGAGGUAUUCACGCUCGCGCAGCCCUGACCGCACACGCCGCUCAAGGUCCUACAGCCCAGAAAGGAGAGACAAGGACAGGGAUAGCUAUUCUCGUUAUUCUGAACGUGACAGCCACCGCAGUGAAGGAGAGUAUGAGGAAGAGAGAUUCGUCGACAGGAAGGAGUAUGAUGGGAAAUGGGCAGACGAGCAUGCAACGGAACCGGAAAGAAACCACGCUGAGGAGCAGCCAGAACCUCCGCCGCCAAAGGAAUAG